GCUGUCAUGGCGUCUGAGGCGCUGUCUGAGGAGAACCCGCCGCGGUCUCUUUAGAGCGAGGGGCGGGCGGCUGGGUAUGGAGAGCGGCCCUGAGAGCCUGCAGCCGCUAGAACACGGAGUGGCCGCCGGGCUGGCGCCAGGGUCAGGUUCUCCGCAGGAAGGGCGACAGGAGACCAGGCUCGCCGCUGGGGAUGGUCCUGGAGUAUGGGCGGCGGAAAGCAGCGGCGGGAAGGGGCAGGGGGCGGCAGUGGCCGGGAGGAGCCUCUCGGACUCGGCUUCUUCCGCCGGCUCGCCUCGGGUUCUCGUACCCUGCAGCUCCCUCCCGGACUUGGACUUGAAGGGGAGCGAUUUGGAGAGUCCUGCUGCCCAGAAGGCGCCUCUGACAGGGCAGCACAAGGUGACCGCCUCCCCGGAGGCAGCUGAGGCCGGAGCCGACCAUGAGUUGGUUCCGGCCGGAGACGCGGGCGCCCUCGCGGAUCCCGCCGGCACCUGCCGGGCAGAGUCGGCGGCCGCGGGCUCUGAGGAGCCCAGCAGCGGCGGCGGCCUCAGCAGCAGUUGCAGCGACCCGAGCCCUCCCGGGGAAUCGCCGAGCCUGGACUCUCUGGAGUCGUUCUCUAACCUGCAUUCUUUCCCGAGCAGCUCCGAGUUCAAUAGUGAGGAAGGAGCUGAGAACAGGGUCCCCGAGGAGGAGGAGGGAGCGGCGGUGUUGCCCCGGGCUGUGCCUCUGUGCCGAGAGGAGGAGCAGGAGGAGGGGGAGGCAGCCCAGGUGCUGGCGGCCUCCAAGGAACGCUUCCCGGGACAAUCUGUUUAUCAUAUCAAGUGGAUCCAGUGGAAGGAAGAGAACACACCCAUCAUCACGCAGAAUGAGAAUGGCCCCUGCCCUUUACUGGCCAUCCUCAAUGUUUUGCUUCUGGCCUGGAAGGUGAAACUUCCACCGAUGAUGGAAAUCAUAACUGCUGAACAGCUGAUGGAAUAUUUAGGAGAUUACAUGCUUGAUACAAAGCCAAAAGAAAUUUCAGAAAUUCAGCGUUUAAACUAUGAGCAGAAUAUGAGUGAUGCUAUGGCAGUACUGCACAAACUACAGACAGGCUUGGAUGUAAAUGUAAAAUUCACUGGUGUUCGAGUGUUUGAAUAUACACCAGAAUGCAUAGUAUUUGAUCUUCUUGAUAUUCCUUUGUACCAUGGAUGGCUAGUGGACCCUCAGAUUGAUGACAUUGUAAAAGCUGUUGGUAACUGCAGCUACAACCAGCUAGUGGAGAAGAUCAUCUCUUGUAAGCAGUCAGACAACAGUGAGCUGGUUAGUGAAGGCUUUGUAGCUGAGCAGUUUCUAAAUAACACAGCCACUCAACUGACAUACCAUGGAUUAUGUGAACUAACUUCAACGGUUCAGGAAGGAGAACUUUGUGUGUUCUUUCGGAAUAAUCAUUUUAGCACCAUGACCAAAUACAAGGGUCUACUGUAUUUGUUGGUAACAGACCAGGGGUUUCUCACAGAAGAAAAAGUUGUUUGGGAAAGCCUACACAAUGUCGAUGGUGAUGGAAAUUUCUGUGACUCCGAAUUUCAUCUGCGGCCUCCUUCUGAUCCUGAAACUGUAUACAGAGGACAACAAGAUCAGAUAGAUCAGGACUAUCUUAUGGCAUUAUCUCUACAACAAGAACAGCAGAGUCAAGAGAUCAAUUGGGAACAAAUACCUGAAGGAAUCAGUGAUUUGGAACUAGCAAAGAAACUCCAAGAAGAGGAGGAUAGACGAGCUUCUCAAUAUUACCAGGAACAGGAACAAGCAGCAGCAGCUGCUGCUUCUGCUUCUACACAGGCCCAGCAAAGCCAGCCAGCUCAAGCCUCUCCAUCAAGUGGCAGACAAUCUGGGAAUAGUGAACGUAAACGAAAGGAACCUCGAGAAAAAGAUAAAGAAAAGGAAAAAAAUAGCUGUGUCAUUUUGUAACAAGUGUGGAUCUUGUUGGAACCAUCUGUAUGUCUUCAGAAACAAAACCAUAGGAGGAAAGGAAGAAAAACCGAUAAAUACCGUCUGUGCCUGAUUUCCCAAUGGAUUUUGUUCAUGUUUUUCAGGGGAAAGGUUGUUACUUAGUUACAAUCAGACUUUUUCAAGUCACACAGUACACUCUUUAUGAGCUGGAGUUUCAUGUUACAAGUUUAAAAUGCUGUGUGUUGUCAUUCAUGAAAAAUAAUGCACUUGUAGCCAAAUAAGCAAAUCACAGCAAAUUUGUGUCAUAGUGACAUUCAUAACUCAUAUCAGUUAGUAAGCUAUUUCAUCUUCUGUUCUAAUAAUGAAUAGUAUUCAUUGUUUCCUUCCUCAAAUCUAAAUAUUAGCACAAUAAUUUCUGAAAUUAAUUUUUACAAUGUUAAGUUAUGACCUAAUCCAUGAGAAACCAGGGGUUUAAUAUAGAUUUAAAAA